AUGUUAGUGAUGAAGCAUUCGGAUCAGAAUGUUCCAUGUGAUCACCCUGAAAUGUUUUUAAGGGAAGCUAGGAAGAAAUUUACUGACGAGCAGCUUAAAAGGAAGAUGUUAGUGAUGAAGCAUUCAGAUCAGAAUGUUCCAGAUGUUGAUUUGGUACAAUACAAAUAUGAAGAAGAAAUUAAAGAAAAAGGAAAAGGAAAACAAGUUGAAAAAGAUCCAGAAACAAAAGAAAAUGAUGACAUUGGUACAGAGAAUUAUUGUCUUUUGAUAGAAAGUGAGUUUAAAACCAUUUUGGAGUGUAGAAACAGAAUUCAAAAAACAUUGGAACAUGCACUUCAAAGAUAUCCAGAUGAUAGAGAACUAUGUGGAUGGUUUGAAAGGUUUGUGAACAUUGAAAAAGUGUUUAACAAAAACAUUGGCGAAUCAUCAAGAACAAGAGAAAAAGAAAAUGAAAAUGAGACAGGUGAAAAAGAGUUUGGACAUGAUUUAGAAACAGAAAAAGGUGAAGAAGAAGCUACAACAGAAAGAGAAUAUGAUAAUCCAAACUUUGAAGAUAAAAAGCCAAACACACCAAACAUGGAGGCUGAGCAAAAAGAUUAUCUUACCAAUGAAUAUAUAACAAAAACUGAUUCUUGUAGUCAACAACAAUCCCUCCAACAUUGUAUGAGCCUCUUAAUUCUUGCAAUAUUCUGUAUGCUAUCAUUGGACCAAUCUUUACCCUUCCCAUCUUCUCAAUGA